AUUGUAUAUUCUGGAUUUGCGACAAUGGAAAACCAGUUAACCGAUAAAAUAAAUAAGCGCAUGUGAUAUUUCACAUUCGCAGUGCACAAGGAAGCCGAUCAACAAGCAAAUAUUAUCAUUUUUUACCAACCUGCUUCGACCAUAUUAUUCAAGGAAAAAUGUCCGACACUCUUUCUGACGUUAAAGUCUCCCAGCAACAUGCAACAAAACCACCACCCAUUGCACUGGGUAUAAAUAUGGAAAAACCCAAGUUUCCUCAGUAUGCUGUCUACUCAAAACGUCUGGAAUCGUUCGAAUCGUGGCCAGAAUACCUGCCAGUACAGAUGAAGGAUAUGGUCGAAGCAGGUCUGGUUUAUACAGGAGUGGGUGACAGCGUGAGGUGUUACUUUUGUGGUGGCGGUUUAAGAAACUGGGAGAGUGGUGAUGUACCCAUGGAGGAACAUGGCAAAUGGUAUCCAAAAUGUCCCCAUAUUUUACUGGUAAAAGGACAAGCAUACAUUGAGAGACUUACACGUGGAGAAAAGCCAGAAACAGACGGAGGCGAUGGAAUAAGCAGUCUAAAGGACUCUGUUGAUUCAGUCAACCACAUAGAGACUGUGGCAGCACAAAGUUGCAUUCAAAUGGGUUUCUCCGAAGACCUGGUGGCUAAAGCAAUAACAAUUUUCAUCAGCAAACACGGUAACACUGAUUUCAAAGGUAAAGAUCUGUGCGAAAUUCUUUUUGACAUAGAGGAGAAUCCCGUAGAUCAAGAACUAAGCAUUUGUGACGAAAAUACAAUCUCGGAGUGUUUUGGAAACGACAACCAGACACCAGAUGAAGUUGAGCAAUUAGAACCUUUGGAAACUCUCCUUGAAGAAAAUCAUAGAUUAAAAGAGAAUCAAAUGUGUAAGAUUUGUUUGGACAGUCGAGCUGAUGUGAUAUUCCUGCCAUGUGGUCACAUGGUCAGCUGUCCACAGUGUGCUCCAGCUCUUAUAAAAUGCCCCGUUUGUAGACAAACUGUCAAUGGACAACUGAAAGCAUUCUUUUCUGUGAUUAACACCAAGGAAAAUUGAUACUAACCUUAAUAGACUUCCAUAAUACAAUAAAGUUAAAAUUAUAGAUACAUCGUGGGAAUAUGUGUUAUGAUUAUAAUUCCUACCAUUGUUAAGUAAGCAUAAAUUAUUCUUUCUAAGACUUUUUCAGUGUAUGUGCAUAUUCUCAUAAAUAGACUACUAGGGUUCUAGCUCAUGCAAAUUUAUUUAACUUGAUGUAUGACUUAUUUCAUAAUAGAUGGAACCUUAAUGGCUGCCUGUGUAAGACUGGCUUGUUCCUUUUUGAGGGGUAGCGGAGAAUGAGACACCGAGCGUUAGCGACAUUUAUUAUCCAAUAAUCAUUCACAGGCUGACAUGUAUGUGAUUCAUGCCUAUCCCGUUAAAAGACAUUCUAAAACGGCAAAUAACUUUAGGUACCGGUAUGUCAUUGCAUUAUGUAUGUAGUUUAUACCGUCAUAACAUGACUAGUGCUAUAUGACGUCGUUUAUGUGCCACUGGCCUAGGGAAAUACAGUGGUGUCAAUCCCCAGCACUGAUCGGAAAAGAAUAUGUGUUCAUUACUUACCUACCUCAAAGCUACUAGUCAUAAAUUGAUGUGAUAAUUAUGUAUGAUGGAUAUUGUUUUGAGUUCACAACUUGUAUGCUAAAUAUAGAAUAAAUUGUUUUGUUUUGUA